AUGUCAAAAUGGGCUCGAAUUCAGCAAUCCCAGGUUAUUUUUGACCGUAUCCAACCUCUUUAUAUUCAUGGGUUACCUAUCGAAGUUCGUCAUUUCUUCGCUGAAUGGAUAGAGAGUCAACCAUGGUGGGUGGCUGAAAUUCAGAUAGAAGAUCCUACCCAUCUUGCAUAUGCCAGUCAACUGUUGGCUCAACUGAUUGCCAUGAUAGAAGAAAAGGCUGCCACAGAGUCAAGCGAACUCUACGUUCGACUGAAACUUCGUGAAAUAGCAAAUCAAUUAAAGGUAGUUUAUGAAAGAAAUCCGAUGGGGUUUGUCCAAGUUGUUAGAAAUUGUUUAGAAACAGAAGAUCAACUUCUUCAGGAAGCUGAAUCAGUAAGUUUAAUUAGUGAUUUAUUGGUGUUUCAGACAGGAGGUAUAAAGAUUUUUAUUUAUUCAAGCUGUUUGACCAUGAAACCGUUGCAAUCGAUAGAAAGCAAAGUUCAAGUCAAAAAACAACAGCAAGAAUCUUUUAUUAUUCGUUACCAGGACAACGUUAAAAUUCAAGGUGUCGAGGCUCAAAUUCAACAGAAUCAGUUGAAUCAUAAUCAGGAACUUCAGGAUAAAAAACUGGAUUUGUUGCAGAAAAAAGAAAAAAUUGAAACAUAUUUAAGAGAUAAGGCAGAAUUAUUGUUGAACUACAGAAUUGAAUUAGCUGAUCUGUUGGUAGAUUUGAUGACUACAUUGGCUGAUUUACAGAAUCGUGUUUUAGGAGAUUUACUGACUGAUUGGUUAAGGAAACAGAAACUAGCUGGGAAUGGCGCUCCAUUUGAUAAUAAUUUAUCUAACAUUCAAACAUGGUGUGAAUCAUUAGCAGAUAUUGCCUGGAGAAAUCGACAGCAAAUAAAAAAAAUUGAUUUAUUACGCAGACAACUACCAAUUAGUUUACCUGAAGGCCAAGAGGAUCAACUCCCCUUGUUGAUGAAAACAGCCACAGAUCUGAUCUAUAAUCUUGUAGCUCACACCUUCAUUGUUGAUAAUCAGCCUGCCCAAGUGAUGAAAAAAGACGGAAAGUUUUCGACCAGUAUUAAAUUAUUGGUGGGAGGUAAACUGAAUGUCCAUAUGAAUCCACCAGAGGUCAAGGCUGUCAUUAUCAGUGAGAGUCAAGCUAGAGAAAUAAUGAAAAAUGGAGCUCAAGUUGAUAUAAAACCAUGUGGAGAAAUUUUAAAUAAUCGUGGAACUAUGGAAUAUCAUCAAGCUACUGGACAACUUGGCAUUUCUUUUAAAAAUAUGCAACUGAAGAAAAUAAAACGAGCUGACAAAAAAGGAUCAGACUGUGUUACAGAAGAAAAGUUCUGUAUUUAUUUUUCCUCCGAGUUCAGUCUAGGUGGUAAUGAAUUAAGCUGUAAAGUCUCGAGAAUGUCGCUGCCUGUUGUCGUGACAGUUCAUGGCAAUCAGGAUCCCAACGCCUGGGCAACAAUUUUAUGGGACAACGCCUUUUCAGAUGUGAACCGAGAGCCAUUCCACGUACCUGAGUCAGUACCGUGGCCGAAGUUAGCUGAACAGUUGAAUGCCAAGUUUGUUCAUGAUAAUGGCCGAGGCCUGACGCCCAAUAACCUCCAAUACUUGGCCUCAAAGAUAUUCAAUGAAGGUAUUAAUGAAGAUUUCUCCAAUCGUUUGGUAUCAUGGAGUCAGUUUAAUAAAGAUCACCUCCCUGGUCGUAACUUUACUUUCUGGAUCUGGUUCUACGAUAUGUUAAAACUCACCAACUUACAUCUUGUUAGACAGUGGAGAGAAGGACAUAUCAUUGGGUUUAUCAGUAAGGCACAGGCACAAGAGAAUCUCCUGCAGUCUCAAGUUAACGGAACAUUUUUACUGAGAUUCAGUGAUUCAGAGUCAGGAGGUCUGACUAUAGCUUGGGUGUCGCAAAGACCAGAAGUCUACAACUUGGCGCCAUUCAGAGCCUGCGAUUUUAAAAUACGUAAACUCUCAGACAGAAUCAAAGAUUUAAAUAAUUUAGUGAAUCUGUACCCAAAUAUUCCUAAAGAUCAGGCGUUUGGUGGUGACUACUCCCCUGCAGUCCGUAAGUUGAAGAUUUUGUGUUAG